CACAACUUUAUUAUUUACCUUUUGUGCCCCAAAAGAGAGGGUUUUUCCUUACAAAAAAAUAACAGAAGAAAGAAGAGAAGCAAAGAAGUGGGAAGCCAUGGUUGAAGUUGAAGAAGCUCCAGUGUCUGAAUCCUCUAUAACGGAGGUAGAUAAUACUCCACCCAUUAAUGUCCUUAAAACUCAGCCUUCUAACGAGGCCACCAUUGAAUCUAUCACUCAAGGAGGAGCCGAGUCUACUUGCAACAACGGUGCCGCCGCAGUUCACGACACUCCUGGCGUUAACUCCGGCGAAGGAUCAAAGAAUUCACUCCAGUUGGCCGAUGAGUUUAUGGAGAAGGGUUCCAACGCCCUCAAAGAUUCUGAUUACAGCGAGGCUGCCGAGUGCUUCAGCCGUGCCCUAGAAAUCAGGGUUGGACGCUUUGGUGAGCUUUCUCCUGAGUGUAUCAAAACUUACUAUAAAUAUGGAUGUGCUUUGCUUUACAAAGCUCAAGAGGAGGCUGAUCCCCUGGGUUCUGUACCCAAGAAAGGAGUUGAAUCUCAACAAGAGUCUGCUAAAGAUGAAUCUGCUAAGAAUGUCUCAAAUGGGGAAUCUUCAGUGGCUUCUGCUUCAAGUAAUGGAGAAGAUUCUGCGCCAGCAGAUAAUCAAGAAGGAGAAGCAGCUAAAGAAGUUUCCAAUGAAAAUAAUGAGGAGGGCGCUGAUGGGGGCAGUGAUGCCGAGGACCUGGCUGAAGCUGAAGCCGAAGCAGAUGAAGAUGAAUCAGACCUUGAUUUGGCCUGGAAGAUGUUAGAUGUUGCUAGAGCAAUUGCUGAGAAACAGUCCGGUGACACGAUGCUGAAAGUUGACAUAUUAUCAACUUUGGCAGAAGUUGCACUUGAAAGAGAGGACAUUGAAACAUCUCUUAGUGACUACCAGAAAGCACUAUCCAUGUUGGAACGCUUGGUUGAACCUGACAGCCGACAUAUAGCUGAAUUAAAUUUUCGGAUAUGUUUGUGUUUGGAGAUUGGUUCUCAGCCUCAAGAAGCCAUGCAAUACUGCCAAAAGGCUAUAUCUGUUUGCCAGGCCCGGACACAGCGGCUGAAAAACCAAGCAAAUAGUGUAUCUGAAUCAACAUCCUCAUCAUCCACUUCUGAUACAGACAAACAGGCAGAGAUUGAAACACUAACCGGUCUUGCUGGUGAUCUAGAAAAGAAGCUCGAAGAUUUGCAACAACUGGUAUCAAACCCGAAAUCGAUUCUUUCUGAAAUUCUAGGAAUCGCAGCUGCCAAUUCUAAAGCAGGCGAGAAGAAUGCAUCUUCAUCUGUGCUGCCAGACUCUUCCACCAUGAGCUUCUCUAAGAACAAUGGGAAUUUCGACUCUCCAACUAUUUCUACUACUCAAGCUAGUGGGUCUUCUACUGGGGUCACACAUCUUGGAGUGGUAGGAAGAGGAGUAAAGCGAAUGGUGAUCACAGCAGACCCGAACCCAACCAAGAAACCAGCAUUAGAUUCUGAAGAAGAUAAAAAGUAAUGACAGCUUCUCUUCAAGGUCUAGGAUUCUAUAUUGUGUGCGAAUGAAGAAACCUGAGUAUAAAUGUUCUGAUUCUGUUAAAUUUCUUUACUAACUUUUAUGCGGUGGUACAACUUUUAACAUUUCUAAUAUUGAGGUAAUGGAUUUACAAA